GACUCACGACCUCGAGAAUCUCGUUGAGUCACGCAAACAGAGAUGGCCGCUCCCUGAACGUCCAUGUGGCUUCGCAGGCAGAAAAACUCCUCGGUAAUUUAACGUUAACUAAUUUCACGUGAGUAAAAGGAGCAGCGGACUCUGCGCUGAAGCUGAGAGCGGCUCCGCGAGGACACGAACAUGCAGCACGACGACGUGAUCUGGGACAUUAUUGGAAACAGACAGUUCUGCUCCUUCAAAGUCAAGACGAAGAGUCAGAACUUCUGUCGUAAUGAAUACAACAUCACAGGCUUGUGUAACCGCUCGUCGUGUCCGCUGGCCAACAGUCAGUACGCCACCAUCAGAGAGGAGAAAGGUCAGUGUUUCCUCUACAUGAAGGUGAUUGAGAGAGCAGCUUUUCCCGCCAAAAUGUGGGAAAAGGUGAAGCUCAGUAAGAACUAUGAGAAAGCUCUGGAACAGAUCGAUGAGAACCUGAUCUACUGGCCUCGCUUCAUCAGACACAAAUGUAAACAGAGAUUCACCAAGAUCACACAGUACCUGAUCCGCAUGCGCAAACUGGUCCUGAAGAGACAGAGGAAGCUGGUUCCUCUGAGCAGGAAGGUGGAGCAGAGAGAGAAGAGGAAAGAGGAGAAAGCUCUGAUCGCCGCUCAGCUGGACAACGCCAUUGAGAAGGAGCUGCUGGAGAGACUCAAACAGGGAACGUACGGAGACAUCUACAACUUCCCCGUCCACGCCUUCGACAAAGCUCUGGAGCAGCAGGACGACGAGAGCGAGUCCGAGUCUGAGGAAGAGGAGGAGGGGGAGGAAGAGGAGGAUGAUGAGGACGUCGGGAAGAGAGAGUUUGUAGCAGAAGAAGAAGUGGAAGAGAGCGACCUGAGCGACUUCGAGGAAAUGAACAAUCUGAAGACGAGCAGCGACGAGGAGGAGGAGGAGUCGAGUGAAGAAGAGGAGGAGGACGAGAAGGAGAUGGAAAUGGAGGUGGAGAAAAAGGCCCCCAGGUCUAAAGGCAAAUCUCCGGCUAACGGAGCAGCAGCAAGGAAGAAGCGAGCGUACGUGGAGAUCGAGUACGAGCAGGAAACAGAGCCCGCCUCCAAGAGCAGAACCACGUCGUGAUGUCAGCUGUCAAUCAAACUGUGAGCAGAGACUCUGCCGAGGACACGAUCCUCCUCCCACCGUCAACCGAAUCCCUCUGGAACACAUGCGCUCAGGAGGUGGUUUCCCAUCACUCCCUCUGUCUCUGUUCAUAUUGACAGUGACGUAUAAAGUUUUCUUGCAGGAUGUGGUCUCAGGUCUCCUGUCGGUCUCUGAACCAACGUCCAGUGAGGACCGGGGUCUGGAUUUGAGUCCUUUUCAGUUUUCAUCAUUUGCAAACGAACUUGUGAAUAAAUCUAUCUGUUAGAAAUGUUUCAUAACUCUUGAAUAUUUGUAUGUGAAGUCGACGGAUGAACGUCACCUUCACUCAGGUGAUGAAGUGAAUGGAAACAUUGACCUUUAAUUAAAUGACGUGAA